GGGUUCCAUCCAGCCCUGGGGGGGGUACAGGGGUUGUGUCCAUCCUGGGGGGGGGUCACCUCCAGCUGCACCAUUUUGGGGGGUGUCUGGGGGGGUCCCCACCUUCCCCCUCCUCGUUUCAGGAGCCGCCAUCGGGCGCCUGCUGGGGGAGACGGUGGCUCUGCUCUUCCCUCAGGGCAUCCAUUCGGAGGGGGCCCUGCACCCCGUCGUUCCCGGCGGAUACGCCUUGGCCGGCGCAGCCGCCUUCUCGGGCUCGGUGACCCACUCCAUCUCCACGGCUUUGCUGGUGUGUGAGGCCACCGGGCACCUCAGCCACGUCCUCCCGGUCACCGUGGCCGUGCUGGUGGCCAACGCCAUCGCCCAGAAGCAUCAACCGUCCUUCUACGACGGCACCAUCAUCGUCAAGAGGCUGCCCUACCUGCCCCGCAUCCGCAGCCGGCACAUGGCCUCCUACCAAGUGGUGGUGGAGGAGUUCAUGGAGCGCCGGGUGCUGGCCUUGGCCAAGGGCAGUGGCUUUGAGGAGGUGCUGGCAGCCUUGGACACCUCUGCUGAUGCUGAGUACCCGGUGCUGGAGAGUGCAGGGUCACCCACACUGGUGGGCACCGUCAGCAGAGCCCAGCUCAUCACCUUCCUCCAGAGCCACAGGCACCCGCAGGCACCCAAAGGGGAGAAGCUGCCAGCAGCGGGGACACUCGGUGAGAGCUGCGCCAUCGAGCCCAUCAUGUUCCAGCUCUUGCCAUGGACCUCCUUGCACCAGGCCCAUCACCUCUUCGAGCUGCUGAAGCUGCAGCGCAUCUUCGUCACCCGCUUUGGGGAGCUGGUGGGAGCCGUCAGCAGGGCCGAGCUGCGGAGAGCGAUCGAGGAGCUCGCCAACCCCAAGGGAUGAACGAGGGCACCCAGGGACGUCACCCAUGCAAAGAGGGGGUGUCCUCGUCCUCCGCCCCCCCCAGGUGAUU